GCGGCAGAAAGGAAAUCACGCCGACCAAGACUCUCUAGUCUUAACUCUUAACCUCUAAGGUUCUCUCUCCCCAAGACCGGACCACUGUAAAACUACACACCGUUUCGUCACCAAACACCUCAAAAAGACACGCAGUGAAGGAGAAGGAGAAAGAGAAGAGGCCUGCGGCACAGUGAUGGAUCUGCAGUAGUUACCGGAGGGUUGCAUAGCCAACAUAGUAUCGUUGACGACUCCUAAAGAUGCCUGCCGCCUGUCGUUGCUCUGUAAGAUUUUCAAGUCUGCGGCGGAAUCCGACGCCGUUUGGGACAAGUUCCUUCCGCCUGAGACACCCACGAUCCUGUCCCAGUCUGGCGAAUCUGGAUUAUUGGCUGCCAAAUCCAAGAAGGAGCUUUACCUCGCUCUCUGCAACAAACCUCUGCUCAUCGACGACAGUAAAUUGAGCUUUUCACUGGACAAAUGGAGUGGGAAAAAAUGUUACAUGAUAUCUGCAAGAGAGCUGGGUAUUGUCUGGGGCGAUACUCCCCAGUAUUGGAGAUGGACUUCUCAUCCUGAAUCCAGGUUUCAGGAGGUGGCUGAGCUUCUUGAUGUUUGCUGGCUUGAAAUCCAUGGGAAACUUGAAACACGCUUGCUGUCCCAAUCGACUCUGUACAAAGCUUACCUUGUGUUCAAGUUUACUCCAGAGGCCUUUGGAUUUGAUAACCUACCUGCGGAGGUCACUGUAGGUCUGGAGGGAGGAGAACAUAGUAAUCGGACUGUGUUUCUUCACAAUGAAGGAGAGAUGAACUACUCAGAAGAAGAGAUGGACUACUCAGAUGUAGGGAUGGACUUCUCCGAAGGAGAGAGCGAUGAUGCCGAAGGAGAGAUCAACGACUCUAAAGGACUGAGUGAAGAUGCGGAAGGAGAGAGCGAUGAGACCGAAGGAGAAAGCAACGGUGCUGAAGGGGAGACCCGUGACGCCGAAGUGCCUGAAGUAGUGUUCAAUGACGACCGAUACCAGAGGGAGAGAUCCGGGUGGUUGGAGAUUGAGCUGGGUGAGUUUUUUUGUGAAGGGGGAGAAGAUGGGCUGUUGAAAAUGCAUUGUUUGGCGAAUGGGGCUGGUCAUUGGAAGAGUGGUCUUAUUGUUCAAGGCAUUGAGGUCAGACCUAAGAGUAAGUACUAGUAGAAUUCAUCUCGUCUAUGAAAGGUGGUUUUGAUUCUCGUUUUGUUUUAUAUUAAUUGUCUGUAAUUUAAGAAAAGAAACACCCUUAUACAUUGCAAUUUUCUGCAAUUGACAUUAAUGGAUCAUGUGAAUUGCUUUGUCGUGUGAA